AUGGAUAAGGCGGUGCGCGUGAGCUGGCACCGGCUCAUCAAGGGGCCCUGCGAUCCCCCAGAAGUCGAAGCGAUGCAGUAUGUCGCCGCGCACACGUCUAUCCCUAUACCGAAGGUGCACAAGAUACACACUACGGAGAGUGGCUUUAUAUACAUUGAGAUGGAGUACGUGCAGGGCCACACCCUGUCCUGGGCCCUGCCCGAGCUGUCGGCGGGCGACAAGGCCAGAAUCUUUGGUCAGCUCAGACGGCACGUCGAGGAGCUGCGCAGUUUGCCUCCUCCCUCACCGGGUCUGGUGUCGUCCGCCUUUGGAAACCCGGCCCACGACGGGCGCAUCGGUGGGCGCUUCUUUGGGCCGAUGAGCGUGGACUCGUUCCAGGAGCUAGCGCGCGGCCGGCUGGUCAUGGAGGACGUGCCUCUCCUAGGCGAGGAGGUGCGGCAGGUGCACACGUCGCGCUACGAGACCGUGUUUACGCACGCCGAUCUCGCCGCGCGAAACAUCAUCGUGCGCGGGGGCGACAUUGCCGCCAUAAUCGACUGGGCAUACGCGGGUUGGUACCCCGUCUACUGGGAGUUUACAAAGGCGCACUAUGUCAUCCUCGAAGAGGACUGGGUGGACAAUGUGCGCACAGCGAUUCCUCCGUAUGACUUGGAGUUGACAGCAGAAGAAAUUCUCUGGACGAGGUUACCAGAGCCGGGAACAGCAAUGACAAGCUCUUUCCGCGGGAAGGUCAACAUUCAUCCGGGCUCAUAUCCUUCAGCAACUUGGCUUGAGGCAAGGCUUAAAUCACAAGCAAAUGAUCUUUGGUCCUGUUUGGCCGGCUACCGCAGAAGUGCAGGUAGCCACAUCUCACUGCGCCAUCGACGCCUUUCCGAUGCCUUCUCUCUGCAGAGUGCUGCUGAGUUAAUACCGCCGCUAGCGAAAUCUAACAGCAUGGCACAGCUUGUCACAUUGACGCUCUACCACAGGGGCAACCUUUCCCAGGGCCGCAUGCGCUCCGUCUUUGGCCACAAAGCAUACCACUGGGGCGUGCUCAUCGUGCCCAAAGUGAAGCGCCCUGGGCGCGUUGCGCACGCCUUUGAGGCCACCGACAUAUCCGAGAUUGACCCAGUCACGUUUCGAAUGGACAACCCGUCCAUGGACUGGCACUUCCGCGCGCGCCUCAACGUGGACCCGGAGCUUAGCCAGAAGCUGCUCGGACAGCUCGUCGUCGGCGAGAUCCCGGAAGGCGUCACGCCCGAGGAGCUCAAGAUAUUUUUCGAAGCGGUGCCCCUGCCAGUCCGGAACACGGACCCGCAGCAGGGCUGCGUGACGUGGUCCGUCAAUGCCCUUCGGGCUCUACAGGAGCGCGGCUGGGCGUGGGACUUUGACCUUGACGUCUUUCGAGACGACGCGCUCGCGUAUGCUGAUGACAGAAACAAGAACGACCACGCAACCGAGCCCAAGCUCAAGUAUUACCUCGAGGACAAGAGAUGCCAGAGUGAUGAUGGAGUGGAUGAAGCAGAUAAAUAG